UAGAACAGCAACACCAAGACUUCCCAAUGAACAACCGGAAGGAAGACAUGGAAAUCGCGUCCCACUACCGGCACUUGCUCCGUGAGCUCAAUGAGCAGAGGCAGCACGGCGUCCUCUGUGAUGUCUGUGUCGUGGUUGAGGGCAAGGUCUUCAAGGCGCACAAGAACGUCCUGCUCGGCAGCAGCCGCUACUUUAAGACGCUUUACUGCCAGGUGCAGAAGGCGUCCGACCAGGCCACGGUCACACACCUGGACAUCGUCACGGCCCAGGGCUUCAAGGCCAUCAUUGACUUCAUGUACUCUGCCCAUCUGGCCCUCACCAGCAGGAAUGUCAUCGAGGUGAUGUCUGCGGCCAGCUUCCUGCAGAUGACGGACAUCGUGCAGGCCUGUCACGACUUCAUCAAGGCCGCGCUGGACAUCAGCAUCAAGCCAGAUGCCUCGGACGAGCUUUCGGAGUUUGAGAUUAGUGCCCCACCCGGCAGCAGCACGGACGCGCUGAUCUCGGCUGUGAUGGCUGGAAGGAGCAUCUCCCCGUGGUUGGCUCGGCGCACGAGUCCUGCCAAUUCUUCCGGAGACUCGGCCAUCACCAGCUGCCACGAGGGAGGAAGCAGCUACGGGAAGGAGGACCAGGAGCCCAAGGCCGACGGUCCCGAUGACAUUUCCUCUCAGUCGCUGUGGCCUGGGGAUGUGGGCUACGGGUCUCUGCGGGUCAAGGAAGAGCAGAUCUCGCCGUCUCAUUACGGAGGGAGUGAGCUGCCUUCCGCCAGGGAUGGUGUGAUACAGAACUCUUUCUCAGAGCAGGCUGGAGGCGACGGCUGGCAGCCCACAGGUCGAAGGAAGAAUCGGAAGAACAAAGAGACGGUCCGGCAUAUCACACAGCAGGUGGAGGACGAUAGCCGGGCCGGCUCCCCGGUGGCCCCCUUCCUUCCGACGUCGGGGUGGCCGUUCAGCAGCCGAGACUCAAAUGCGGACUUGACGGUGACCGAAGCCAGUAGCUCUGACAGCCGCGGGGAGAGGGCUGAGCUCUUUGGCCACGUGGACGAGGGUCUCCUGGGAGGAGAAGCCAGCUACCUGGGCCCGCCCUUGACCCCAGAGAAGGAGGAGGCCCUGCACCAGGCCACCGCCGUGGCCAACCUGCGGGCAGCGCUCCUGAGUAAGAACAGCCUGCUGUCCCUCAAGGCCGACAUGCUCCGGGACGACAGCUCCCUGCUGCUGGACUACCUGCCCAAAGGCACCCACUCCCUGUCCCUCAACGAGUUCACGGUGAUCAGGAAGAAGUUCAAGUGCCCCUACUGCAGCUUCUCGGCCAUGCACCAGUGCAUCCUCAAGCGGCAUAUGCGCUCCCACACGGGGGAGCGGCCCUACCCCUGCGAGAUCUGCGGCAAGAAGUUCACGCGGCGGGAGCACAUGAAGCGGCACACGCUGGUCCACAGCAAGGACAAGAAGUACGUGUGCAAGUUGUGCAGCCGCGUGUUCAUGUCGGCCGCCAGCGUGGGCAUCAAGCACGGCUCGCGGCGCCACGGUGUGUGUGCCGACUGCGCGGGCCGAGGCGUGGCCGGGCCCCUGGACGGCGGUGGCACGGAGGGCUCCCCCGAGCUGUUUCCUGGCGAUGGGCCCUACCUGGAAGACCCCGACGACCCGCGGGGGGAGGGCGAGGAGGAGCUGUGUGAGGACGAAGAUGAGGUGGGCCUGGCCCACGAGGACGCGCUGCUGGCGGCCGAGAAGGAGGACGAGGACUCGCCGCGGGGACCCGGCAGCCCCCCGGGGGCGCCCGACAAGGACUUCUGGAUCUCCUAGGCCGCGGGCUGGGGGCGGGGGCGGUGCCACCCCUCCAC